AUGUCAAUUGAAUCAGAAACGUUAUUGCCUGACCAUCAACAAUCGGUUGAACGAAACUCUGAGAUCAUGGAUAAUGAUAUCCAUAUCCCAACCACAACUCAAUCUAGGAAUCAUCUAGCCAGAACCUCCAAAUCUCGUGGUUUAGACGUCAUUCGAGAAUUCGAAACAGACCUCGACAGACCAAUGACCCCUACGUCUGCUCGAUCAACAGUAUCCUGCCUAAUAACGGCAAUGUUAUCCUUGUUUCUAAUCAACCCUGGUGAUGCGCAACCAAACACCAGUAUUACUUGUAACAAAAGUAUCGCGUUUAUAACAGCUCCUAGAAGACAAUUCGAAUUGUGCUUUGAUGAUGAAUGCAAGUCAUUCAAAAAUGUUACGGAAGAAAUUAGGUAUACUCUUCUUGUUUCAUCAUUAGACAAGCCUGUAACGGUUGGGCGACGACCUGUGGUGAAAGCUAAGCUCGCCGUGGCAUGGCUGCUUAGUUUGGGGAAAAGUCUCUUUGCCACUCCAGCAUAUUCACUGCCUCAGUACCCUGCACACUGGGCCCUGCCGUCUCAGACGUCGGACGGUGUGGCGACCGACGCCGACCUGCAUGCCCUUCUCGGAGCUGCAGAGCGUAUCAAAUUUCACGUGAUUGCUCUGCAGGAGACCAAGUGCAGAAGGAGCGACGUACGACAGAUGAAUGACGGUACACUCGUCAUUCGUGGAGAGAAGGUUCCGUCGCUAAAUGUAGGCGGUGUUGGUUUCGUUGUGCACCCAUCUGUCGUCCAUCUUGUCGAUUCUCACGAGAUCCUGUCACCUCGUCUGGUCAUUCUUCGCCUCCGCCCUCUGCGCCAAAAAUCCAUCAGUAUCAUCAACUGCUAUUCACCAACAUCAGCAGCUGAUGAUUCCGAAUUGGACGCGUUUUACGAGGAGCUGGAGGAAGUAGUCCACAACGAGAAGUCCUUUUACAAAUUCGUUGUCGGAGACUUCAACGCAAAACUAGGAAAGGCCACAGAAGAGGAAUACAGGAUUGGAAGAUUUGGACUAGGGGACCGGAAUGAAAAUGGCAAUCGUCUCGCCGGGGUGUUGUCCGCCGCUCGCCUCUUUCAUGGGAACUCUCUUUUCAUGAAAAAAGAUCAUCGUCGGUGGACAUGGGAAUCGCCCAAUGGCGCGACUCGUGCGGAGAUCGACCACAUACUCACCAACCGGAGGUGGUGUCUACUUGACGUCUCAGUAGUACCAUCCUUUUGUAGUGGUUCUGAUCACCGUCUCCUUCGUGCGAAAAUACGACUUAGCCACACGAUGGAAAAGAACAUCUGCUAUCGGCAACGAAGGAGAAAAGAAGUCGUCUACGACGAUUGCGUACUCGAGGACUCCCUGUCCCAAGGUGACUGGCACAUCGAGGAGGACCCAAACGUGGACUACGAGAUGCUGCUCAGAGGAUUACGAGCCUGUGCUGAACGUGCCUCGAAGUCGCGCACGACAAACUUGGAUCGAAUUUCGAAGACCACCAAGAAAUUGUUAGGAAGAAGAAGGGCUUUGAAGCUUGAUCCGAAUGCAUCGCACAUUGAACGGUUAGUAGCAAACACUAGCUGCAGAAAAGCGUUGCAGGAGGAUCUUUUGAAGUACAGGCAGAAGAAGAUUCUAGAAGCAGCACAAAGAAGAACGAGUCUAAAGAAGUGCCGCAGGGACCUCCGCGAAUAUAAUAUUCCGCUAGCAACCUUGCUGAGCGAAGACGGGACUCGCACGUCUUCUCGUCGUGAAAUGGAAGUCAUUACGGAGAGCCCAAUCAUCCCCACUGGCGAUGCUCCACCACGGAUUCUCCCUUCGGAAGUACGAGUCGCUAUCAAGAGCAUGAAACCUGGCACAGCCCCCGGACCUGAUUUUUUAUCAGCAGACUUUCUUCGGGCUGGUGGCCAUCCGCUUCAUGUAAUCUUAGCAGCGCACAUGACAUCCUAUCUUCAGAAAGAAAGGAUCCCAGACCAGUGGAAGACCUCGCGAACCGUUCUUAUCCAUAAGAAAGGUGACCGAGAGGACCUUCGGAACUACCGUCCGAUAUGCUUGCUGAGCGUGUUAUACAAAGUAUUCACCAAGAUCAUCCUCACACGCAUAUCUAGGACGCUGGAUGAAGCCCAGCCUCAAGAACAAGCUGGAUUCCGCCAAGGGUUCAGCUGCUUGGACCACAUCCAGACCGUGUCGAGGGUCAUAGAGGUUUGCCGGGAAUACCGCCUGCCCCUUGUUCUAACCUUCGUCGACUAUGAGAAAGCCUUUGACAGCGUAGAAACGAAUGCAAUACUGUCAGCGCUGGUCGAUCAAGGUGUGGACGCGUCGUAUGUGAGGACAUUAGCCAAUUGCUACGAACGAUGCACGACUAGGAUACAGCUUUUCCACCGCCCUCUCACCAUACCCAUUGGAAAGGGGGUACGACAAGGCGAUACUAUAUCGCCGAAGCUGUUCACGGCUGCAUUGCAAUGGAUAAUGAAAUCACUAUCCUGGGAAGAAAGGGGCAUACGUGUUGAUGGAAGAUUUCUUUCGAACCUUCGUUUCGCGGACGACAUCGUUCUCUUUUCGAGCAGCACCAAUGAAGCAGAAACGAUGCUCAACGAAUUGAACAAAGCAGGGAAGAGAAUAGGACUACGAAUAAACAGAAAGAAGACACAGUUCAUGAAGAACGCGCACUGCGAGGACGGAGGAGUACAACUUGAAGGCUCCCAAAUCGUGGAAACUCCGUCAUACGUAUACCUCGGACGUUCUAUGAACAUGGAAAACGACUUGAAGGAAGAACUGAAUAGAAGAAUGAGAGCAGCAUGGGCAGCAUUCGCAGCCGUCAGGGAAGCUACGGACCAACUGACGGACCAUGAUCUUCGUGCCCAUCUGUUCGACUCGACAGUCCUUCCAGCGCUCUGUUACGCAGCGGAGACGUGGGCAGACACCGCGGCCACGUCUAGGAAGCUACUUACUACCCACAGAGCCCUUGAGAGAUGUCUCCUGAAGUUUAACCGGCGCACACAACACCUUGCCGGUCUUCGUAGCUCCGACUUAAGAGGAAUGUCCCGUCUUCGCGACCCAGCGGAAUAUGUAUCGAAAGCAAAACAUAGAUGGGCCGGUCACAUCAUGAGAAGAAUCGACGAUAGAUGGACUAAAAGAACGCUAGAGUGGAUCCCAAGGGACGCUAAACGCCCCCGAGGGAGACCGCCAACGAGAUGGAGUGACGUGUUCGCUGCACGGAUGGACCAGCUGAGAGCUCAGCUGGAUACGGCUCAAGGACCUCGUCAACGUCACUCACGAAGCUUGAGAACAUCUUGGAUGACAAUGGCGAGGGAACGAAACGAGUGGAAGAGAUGCUGGGGCCCGCACGUCGAGUGA